CCUUCCCUCUAAAAAUUGGUCAAAACCCUAGUUGAGGCAAGCAUCAGACAACUAAUUUGACGUAAUUGUGUUGUCUGAUUACAUGUGGGAGUCAACUCAUUUAAUUUUGUUUGUUUUUUUGUCCAAGGCAAAAUUGCCUUAAGGUCUGUCUGUCUAAGCCCGACUUCAGCUUUUUCUCUCUAGUCUCUCAGCUCAACUAAUCUCAAACUGGGCUUCUCGCAAGUCUCUAUCGAAACUGCGGCCAGUGACCAGAGAGUACCCGCGACCGAUUAUCGGACCCUAAUCUCAGAUUCAGCAGCAGAGGGGCAUUUCAAGAAAGCCCUAAUUCAAAUUUCAGCAGCGGCGGUGCAUUUGAAGAAACCCAUGUAACAAUCGUCUGAGAAGAACCCAUUGAAGGAAGAAGAGGAAGGUCCGACAGAUCCUAGAUUGAAAAUUUGGGGGAUUUUCCGGAGGGCUUGAAGUUGUAAUCGACGCGGUUGCAAAGUUUGGUGCCUUUUGUUUCAAUCACUAGGGCCUCGGAUUCUUCUGCUCAAGAUUGAAGUGAUCAAAGACUCGCAGCCUUGUCCAAAGUCAAAUCCAAAGUUCAAAGUUCACAGGCUGUAGUAUAUGGAUAAGUCGUGGAUGCACGCCGAUAGAAGAUCACGGAAGUUUGAGCUAGGACUAGCAGAAUUUCUAAAGUUUGCCUCGGCGAAUGCCAGGAAUGAAAGGAAGAUACGUUGUCCUUGUUUAAAAUGCUGCAACACCGAUGGAUUUUCCAUUGGAGUUAUUAAAGACCAUAUAUUCUGGAAUGGUAUUGAUGAGAGUUAUAAGAAUUGGAGGUGGCAUGGAGAGCCUUCUACAUCUUACGUGAAUAGCAGAAUGGGAGGCGAAUCUGAAACUGUAGAUUGGGAACUUGCUAGUGGGGUGGGGGAGAAUGAUGUAGAUAUAGGAGAAAGUGAGGAUGAGGAGAUAUCUGAAGACUCAAAUGAGUUUCUGAAGUAUGUGGAGGAUGGUGAUAAGCCCUUAUACCCUGGUUGUACCAAGACAACCAAGAGAAGUGUAGUGUCUAAGUCCAAGAAGGCUAAGGUAUACCUUAAGUCAGCCUCUGGUAGCAAGCAUGGAAGGAGCAAAAAGCCUGGUAGCAAGCAUGGAAGGAGCAAAAAGCCUGAUAAUGAUGAUGAGAACGUUACCGGUGGGCUGAAGUUGCUUAAAAGGGGUAUGGUGACUAUGAAUCGCAUUUCCAAGCGACUUAUUAGUGGAAGAAGGAUGAAAGUGGAGUGUAACGCUCAAGGGGAACCAAUUGGGAAGGCAGCUAAAGAGAUGCAAUCCUACAUUGGGGUGUUGGCAAGGACAAAGAUCCCAAUAUCUAUACAAGACUGGAGAGAGGUGGAUGUUGAUGAGAAAGACAAGAUUUGGGAAAGUAUUGAGGAUGCAUUUGUGGUGCCCAAAGAAUGGAAGAAACUGGUUCUUACAUCAGCCGCAAAUAAAUGGAGAGAGUUCAAAAGCAAAUUAACCAAGUUGUACAUCAUACCCUAUUUGGAAACCCCUGAACUCUUGCAGUUCCCUCCAGAUGACUAUCGGUCCAUUGAGCAGGAAGAUUGGGAUACCUUUGUUGCUGAUAGGACUUCACAUACAUUUCAGGAACUUCGCCAUGCCCAGAUAUUAAAGAGGAAGGAGAAUAAGUACCCUCAUCGUAUGUCUCGAAAAGGGUAUGCUAAUCUACAGGAAGAACUGUCCGAAAGCACACCUAUUGAAGAACUUGAUCGUGCUACAAUGUGGAUAAAGGCACGGCAAGACAAGACCGGCAGUUUCAAUGGGCCAGCGAUAGAGAAAGCGGUAGAAAAAAUUGAAAUCUUCAAGAAAAAAGUGUCCGAUGGAGAGAUUACAACUUAUGGAUCAGAUGAUGUUCUUACUUUGGCUUUAGGGAGCCCUGAGUAUCCUGGCAGGGUACGAGGUGUUGGUGGCUUUGUCAAGCCAAAUUCGUACUUCAAUCUCCCAAAACGCCGAAAACAAAGUGUAGAAGAGCUUGUGAGGAUAAGUGUUAAGAAGAUAUUGGCGGAGGAGAGACAAAGUAUCAUUGCGGAGGAGAAAGCUAAGUGGGACUUUGAGAGGGAACAACAAAUUGAGAGGGAAAGAGCCAUGUGGGAGGAGAGGUUGAGGAAGUUAGAAUCAAAGGUUGAGGGGAAAGAGGUGCUGGUUGAAUCACUGAAACCAGUGACAGCGGUAAAUGAACUUGAUUAUGCAACUGGCAGCUAUUCCCGACAAAUUGAGCAGGCCUUGAAGGUUUCUGAAGCUGAGGCCACUAAAAAUGUGAAGUUGUUGGAUUUGGCUGAAGUGGCAGAGAAGCUAUCUAAAGACAAGGUUAUUAUCGACAGCAAUGCGAGCAAGAAACUGACGUCAAUUAUUCAGGAUAAGGUACAGUCAGUAAAUGUCAAGUCAGAGUUUAAACUCUCAAUAGGUUCUGUGGACAACAUAGUUGCUUUUGGAACCAUUGUUGAAGUCGAUGUCGAGGCCACACAGCAGACUAUCCAUGGUGUACCAUUGGGAGAGGAAAAUGUACGCAUCUCAAUCACCAAAGCGGUUGUUGCUAAUGCUUUGCUACCAUUUCCUAUCAAAGAUGAGAUUGUGAGAGUUGCCGAUGCGAUUGGCACAUGUGUUGCUUGGCCUAAAAGCUUGGUUAUACCCUCUGAAGUUGUUGAAAAGGAGCAAGAAAACCGUAAAAUUGUGAAAAGGAAAAGGAGGGAUAUGUAUGAAGAUUUUGAUCAUGAUGACCUUGACAACCUGCCCCCGAAACUGCCAUUACCACUAAAGGAGCUCUGCCAAUGGGCCAAUAUAUUCUUGAAGAAUGGGGUCACCAUCCACACCACUUUGGGCGAGGAAAUUUUCGGCCGCCCAAGAAAGGUAGCUAUCUUUAGAAGGGAUGUGUAUGCCAUGACGCACAUGAAGGAGAUAUCUAACAGCACCAUUGUGAUGUAUAUGAGCUGUCUUUACCAAAAGUUGCAGAAAUCUAAGAUGCUGCACAUGAUUGCCUUCAUAGACCCUGCUAAGACAGGUGUGCUUGGGUGUGGGAAUCCAACAGAAAGGGCUCGUUCUCUGUCAGCUUGUUAUGCAAAAGGGAAGUCGGGUCAGAUUUUUUUGGUGCCCUAUAACUCGGGUUGUUAUUGGAUGUUAACGGUUGUGAACCCCGCUGAAGAAGUUGUGCAUUUCAUGGAUCCAUCGAAGAGGCGACUCAUCACCGGAGAAUGGAAAACUAUUGUGGACAACUCAAUCAAAAUAUACAAUGCGCAAAAACAUAAGAAAGGCAGAAAAACAGUUACAUGGAAAAAUUGUGCGGGCAUUCCGGAGCAGCAAGGUGAUAAAACCUGUGGGUUUUGGAUUAUGCAUUACAUGAAGGACAUAGUGGAGGAUAAGAACCAAGAGUGGAGUGCUAAGUGGGACAGAAAAGCAAGCAACAUGUACACACAAAAUGAUAUUGAUGAGGUUCGGGCCGAGUGGGCACAAUAUGUUGCCCAAUUUAAAGAAAGCUAGUGCCUAACUCUUUCAUAUAUAUCUGCUUUUAGACAUGCAUCACUUAUAUAACCCAGAUCAGAAAGCUAUAGGUUCUAGUUUUUUGCUCUACAUGCUCGAUACUGUGAUGUUUUUUGGGUUGCCUUUAUCGAUCAUGUCUUGUGUUUCUUGGAUGGGUUGUAUUGAACUUAGGCAUAGCAAAUUGUGUAAUAUACUGAAUGAUUUGCCAGUUUGAUGAAAUGACAUUUUCUGGAUUUCCAGAUUACUUAA